AUGCUUGGUGUCUAUGCUAUUUCUGAUAUAAAUAUUAGGUGUUCUCGGUUGUUUGAUGUAGUUAGUAUUUUGAAUUCAAUAAAUGGUCCUUUUUCUUUAAUGGGGAACUUUAAUGAUAUUCUAUCUUUCAUGGAGAAACAAGGUGGACAGUUUGGGGAGGCAUGGAGCUUCGAGCUUCCUUUAGAGAUGGUUUAUCAUUUGGAUUUCAUUGGUUCUGACCAUAAACCUUUACUUUUGGAUUCUCAGGGCUCUUCUCGAAGGAUUAUUAGAAGGGCUUGGAAUUUGGAGGUGAUGGGUUCCAAAUGGUACAAAGUGCUGAAGAGAAUUAGAGAACGUAGAAUGCAAAUUCUUGACUGGAGGAAAAAAGCUAAUGUUAAUUCACGGAAGCAAAUUGAGGAAGCUAGGGCACAUCUGACCGGUCUAAUGGCUUGGCUAGAAGGGUUUUCUUUUGAUAGGGUUGAUGUGCUUGAUGCAGAAAUAAAGUUGAAGAAAGCUUGGCUAGAAGAAGAGAAAUAUUGGCGGACAAAGUCUAGAAAUUAA